AUGAGUGCGGGCAAGGAGGGGGCACUCGGCAGCAUCUUCGCCUUUGUCAUUUUCCAUGCUCAGCGGUCCUCGGUCUCCUCCUAUCCCCGCCUCAUUCUACGCAAGUCGGGCUAUCCCAGCACAAGACAACUUGCAGCCAGCCUCCCACUCACCCCCAUACGCCCCUUCGGUCGAUGUCGCACCGCAACGUUCGUGCAAACCAACGCUCUCGGGAACUUGGAAUAUCCUUCUGGUACAAACGCCAUCGGAAUCGCGCCCUUAUACGCGGCGGAAGAUGCCACAAUAGAAGUUUUCCCCGAAGACGUCCCCAAUGCUCAGAUCGCCGUCUACAGAUACGAGCCAGCCAUUACAGACAAAGACAACAAGAUAUCCAUCCCCCGCCUGGCCAAGUGCUUGCUAGAGUCAUGCAAGGCCUAUUGUAAAGCGACGAGGUACUAUCUGAAUCGUUCCCAGCAAUAA